CGCAGACAUCGAGCAGCGAAGAGACAGCCUGUUCGAAGCCGUGUUCAAUCAUUGGGACACCGAGAAGCGGAUUCAUCACCCUGGCAAAAUUCGCAACGCCCCCACCGCCGAUACUGCUCUCCUAGUGGGUACGUGGAGCAAGGACCUGCCGCCGUCGGUGGCGGCGAAAAAGAAGGCUGCCGACGGUAGUAUCACUCUCGAACCUGUCGACGCCCCAGUCAUCCCCAUCCAGCGCAAGCAAGGAGCUCCUGCGUUCCUGCGGCCUCGCCUGAACUACGACGAAGGCAGUCUUGCGUUCAAAGUUUUUGACAGCAAGAACAUGGCAGCCAACCCGUGCUAUGUCGCCUACCACAAUUUCUGGACAAUCGAGCAGGCCCGGGCCGAGGCCAUCGCCAAGUUCGACCUGCACGAGAUCAAGAGAGUGACUGAGCACAACCGCAACCUCGUCAUCUACUGGGCGCGUAAGCGUCUCGCUAGGGGCAUCUCCGAGUCCCCCAACCUAUACAUCGCCGCAGGCGCUGAACCCUAUACCGUGCCAGCGGCACCUGUUCAGGACGACGGCAUCGAGGAGAACCGCAACGAGUUAGUCCCACUACGCACUUGCCGAGAUAUUUUGUUCAUGCACAGAAUGACGGUUGAGUGUAUGAUGAAGAUUAAAAAUGAAUAUCCCAUGCCAGCUAGCCCCUUUUGAGGCGGCAACCCAAGCACAGGCUGUGGCAACAGACCUAUGCGCCUCCCGAA